AUGAACUCAAGCUUAGCCGCUACACCUAACCAGUUAAGCUCUGAGUUCUUUACCACAACUGUUGCCUUCCCCAAUUUUCCGACCACCCACGACAGCCAGAUCAAGGAAAAGGCAUUUGCUACUGACAACAUUACAACAUCUGUUGCCUUGACCAUUUCUCCGACCACUGGCGACAGCCAAAUCAAUGAAAAGUCCUUUGCUACUAAGAUCAUUACAACAUCUGCGCCAGCCACCUAUAUCCCAGAUUCAACAUGCACUUCAACCAAUCACAAAGUUGCAACUGCACCAUCGCCGGAGUUUCCUGUCCUACGCCAGAAGCUUCUUAAGGGUCAUACUCAGCCAUCUGCUCCAAAUCCAGCCACCUAUAUCCCACCUUCAACAAGCUCUUCAACCAAUCACAAAGCUGCAUCUGCACCAUCGCCGGAGUUCCUUGUCCUACGCCGGAAGCUUAUUAAGGCCAAUCACAAACCUACACCUGCACCAUCGCCGGACUUUCCUGUCCUACGCCGGAAGCUUCUUAAGGGUCAUACUCGGCCAUCUGCUCCGAAUCCAGCCACAUAUAUCCCACCUUCAACAAGCUCUUCAACCAAUCACAAAGCUGCACCUGCACCAUCGCCAGACUUUCCUGUCCUACGCCGGAAGCUUCUUAAGGGUCAUACUCGGCCAUCUGCUCCGAACCCAGCCACCUAUAUCCCACCUUCAACACGCUCUUCAACCAAUCACAAAGCUGCACCUGCACCAUCGCCGGACUUUCCUGUCCUACGCCGGAAGCUUCUUAAGGGUCAUGCUCGGCGAUCUGCUCCGAAUCCAGGCACCUAUAUCCCACCUUCAACAAGCUCUUCAACCAAUCACAAAGCUACACCUGCACCAUCGCCGGAGUUUCCUGUCCUACGCCGGAAGCUUCUUAAGGGUUAUACUCGGCCAUCUGCUCCGAAUCCAGCCACCUAUAUCCCACCUUCAACAAGCUCUUUAGCCAAUCACAAAGCUACACCUGCAGCAUCCCCAGAAGAGGAACAUAGUCCAUCUCCAUCCAAAACUCCCAAUGCAGAGAGCGGGAUGGCAGAGAUGGGAGGGGUUCCUCCGACUUUACACUCACAUGCCCAGCAAGUAGAAACAAUUGGAGUUGGAUUACUUACGAGUUCAGAGAUAUACUUCAUUUGUACUAACUUCUCUGCUAUAACGGCAGCAAGUGAAAAAUUGGGAGUGCAAAACUGCACUGUACAGCAAAAUGGAAAAUAA